CGGCGCGUCAGCGAUCUCAAACCCCCGAUCCCACCACAAGCGGUACAGGCUCCCGUCGCUGCCUGGGCCUCGACAGCAACGCUAAACAACAAAGUUAGAAGGCCAUAAAGUUUGGCCUCCUUGCGUCCAGUAUCUUCGUCUCGCCUUUCUACUUAUUCCAUCAAAGGCCACGCAAUAAUUUGCCAGUAAUCGCCGUCAUGCCUGAUAUUCGGAACUUCUUCAGUGUCAAAGGCGGUGCGCCGCCCCCGAAGCCUGCGCCCAAGAAGGAAGCUGAGACGGCGAAAAAGUCUCGAGGCAAAGGGCGCAAGGUCAUCGAGGACAGCGACGACGACGACGAGGUUGUUGAAGCCAAGAAGCCAACCAGGACGACUCCGAGGAAAAAGGCGCCUGCGCCUACCGAGGUAAAAGGGGAAGAAACCACUGCCGCAAAAUACUUCGCGUCGUCCAAGCCGAAGUCGCAAACCACCCAAGCAACGCCCAAGUCUGUGACGAAAACCCGCCAAGCCCCUGAGACCGAACUCCGUCUGAGUCCCAGGUCGAAGCCUCCUGCGUCGAAAUCAACCGGGGAGCCCGUCCAGACUGCACAAAAUGGCACCAAGAAGAAACCCGUCACCGCCUACAAGCAGCACGACCUAGACGAUGACGACGCAUUUCUGGACGACGAUGAAGAUGCCGGGGAUGACAUCUUUGCGGCGGAUGUGCGGGGACGCGGCAAGAGAAAGAACGACGAUUACGUCGAAGAAGAGAGCGAGGAUGAGAUACUGCCAAAGCCUAAACGAGUGGCUUCCCGCGCAACUAGCAAGCCCUCCAAAGCCGAAUUCGACGAGGAGAAGACGAACACUCCCAGGAGCACCACCCAGAAAGGGCCGAUCGCGAGCAGAAAACGCAAAUCACCAGCUUCCGAGAGCGAGGAGGACGAGGGCGACGAGGAUGUGAAGCCCGCCAAGAAGGUUGCGAAGCCCCGGGCCCCGAGGGCCAAGAAGGAGCCCGAACCCGAGCCAGACGAUAUCCGGGCAAUUCUCGACAACGUGCCCACGGUUGAGGCGCCCGACGCGCCAAAACAAGAUCCUGAUGCCAAGUUUGACUGGCGCAAGGCAAAGGCUGGCGGCGGCAACACCGGGCCACCUCCCAUGGCCGGUGCUGCCGAGAUCCCUGAAGGCGAGGAGAACUGCUUGUUGGGCAAAACAUUCGUCUUUACAGGUCUCCUCAAGACCCUCAGCCGGGAGGAAGGCCAAGCGCUGGUCAAACGCUAUGGGGGCAAGGUCACCAGCGCUCCGAGCAGCAAGACGGAUUUCGUCGUCCUUGGUGAUGAUGCGGGCCCUAGUAAGCUGCGAAAGAUAAAGGAACACGGCAUCAAGACCAUCGACGAGGAGGGCCUAUUUUACCUCAUCAGGACCAUGCCCGCUUACGGUGGCGCUGGUAAGGGGGCCGAGAAAGCGAAGCAGAAGCAAGAAGCGGAAGAGAGAAAGGUGCGCGAGGAAGCAGCCCGCAUGGAGAAAGAGGAACAAGCCCGCCAGGCGGAAGCCGAGAAGGCGGCCAAAGCUGCUGCCGCUGCCCGCGGGGCGCCGGCUCCUGUUGCUGUUCAGGCACCCUCCCAGCUCUGGACGACGAAGUAUGCUCCCACCCAACUCAAUCAGAUCUGCGGCAACAAGUCCCUCGUGGAGAGGAUCCAGGCUUGGCUCCGCAACUGGCCCAAAUCACGCAAAUACAACUUCCAGAAGAGGGGUGCGGAUGGCAUGGGCGGAUACCGUGCGAUUAUCAUCUCCGGGCCACCUGGUAUCGGUAAGACGACGGCAGCCCACCUUGCGGCCAGGCUGGAAGGAUACGAUGUUCUUGAGAGCAACGCCAGUGAUACACGCAGUAAGAAGCUCGUCGAGAGCGGGGUCGGCGAGGUGCUCAACAACACUUCGUUGCUCGGCUUCUUCGCGGGGGACGGCAAGAAGGUCGACGCCUCCAAAAAGAAGAUCGUCCUCGUCAUGGACGAAGUUGAUGGCAUGUCGGCAGGUGACCGAGGCGGCGUCGGGGCGCUUGCCAAGUUCUGCAAGAAGACGGAUGUUCCGCUCAUCCUGAUCUGCAACGACCGCAGGCUGCCCAAGAUGAAGCCUUUCGACCACGUCGCCUUCGACAUCAGGUUCCAGCGCCCAACCGUCGACCAGAUCAGGUCCAGGAUCAUGACAAUCUGCCACAGAGAAGGCUUGAAGUUGCCGGUGCCGGUUGUGAACGCACUGAUCGAAGGCAGCGGCAGGGACAUCCGCCAGAUCAUCAACAUGCUGUCUACGGCCAAGCUCGACCAGACAACCAUGGAUUUCGAUCAAAGCAAGGCGAUGACCAAGGCUUGGGAGAAGCACGUCAUCUUGAAGCCGUGGGACAUCUGCCAGAAGAUGAUCGCGGGCGGCUUGUUCAGCCCGGCGAGCAAGGCGACACUGAACGACAAGAUCGAGCUCUACUUCAACGAUCAUGAAUUCAGCUUCCUGAUGAUUCAAGAAAAUUACCUACGGUCGAAACCGGCGGCGCUAAGCGGCAAGGGCUACAACCCUCAGAUGCAGAAGCUCAAGCACCUCGAGUUGGUUGACCAUGCAGCCGAAAGCAUCAGCGACGGAGACCUGGUUGACCGCAUGAUCCACGGCCCUCAGCAACACUGGAGCUUGAUGCCGACUCACGCCGUCUUCAGCACUGUGAGGCCGUCGAGCUUCAUCGCCGGCGUGUUCACAGAACAGGUCAUGUUCACAUCAUGGCUCGGCAACAACAGCAAAUACGGGAAGCUUGCCCGAUUUGUGCGCGAGAUCCAUUCGCACAUGCGUCUCAAGUCAUCCGGCGACCACAACGAAAUCCGGCAGCAGUAUCUGCCUGUGCUCUGGCACCAACUGAUCAAGCGGCUGGAGGUUGAGGGCAAGGAUGCCGUGGAGGACGUCAUCGAGCUGAUGGACAGCUAUUACCUGACGCGGGAUGACUUCGAUUCGAUCAAGGAACUUGGCGUGGGACCUCAGUCAGAGGACACAGUCGACAUCGAGAGCCAGACCAAGGCGGCCUUCACGAGGAUAUACAACGCCGCGUCGCAUCCCGUGCCCUUCAUGAAGGCCAGCAGCGUAGCGGCGCCAAGGAAGGUUGCCAAGGAAAUGCCUGACCUCGAAGAAGCCAUCGAGGAAGAGGACGAGAAUGAUGUCGCCGAGAUUCCCGAUGUCGACGAGGACGAGGAGCUCGACCUCAAGACGGACAAGUACAUCAAGCAGCCGAAGGCAAAGGCUGCCAAGAAGACGUCCAAGAAAGCAGCCAAGGCCGAUGAUGACGACGAGGAGGACGAGGAGACUGGCAAGACGUCCAAGGCCAAAGGCAAAGGGGCCACCCGGGGCGGGGGACGGCCGAAAAAGGCGUAGUUGGAGAGCUGUGUACAUCUUACCUUGGGCUAGCGCGCGUAUGAGACCAGCCUAGCACUUAUUGAACCGAUUCACUCUGCGUGUUACAAGUGCAUGGUUCAGCUGGCUUGUCUCCGGGCUUG